AUGUCAAAGACCUGGCUCAUCACUGGCUGCUCCUCCGGCUUUGGAAGUGAGAUGGUCCAGCAAGCCCUCGCUCGCGGCGAUACCGUCAUAGCUACCGCUCGCAACCCCGCCAAACUCUCCCAUCUUGCCGCCUUGGGAGCCACCACCUUAGCUCUGGACGUCACAGCCUCAGACGAAAUAAUCGAAGGCGUGAUUGCCUCUGCCAUCAAAAAGCACGGGCACAUCGACAUCCUCGUCAACAAUGCCGGCGCUGUCCUCGAAGGCGCCAUCGAGGAGACCUCAGACGAGGAAGCAAAGACUAGUUUCAGCGUCAAUUAUUUCGGUACGCUGGCUGUUAUGCGCGCCGUACUGCCGUACAUGCGUGAGCGCAAAAGCGGUGUCAUUGCGGCUAUGGGCUCGAUAGGAGGCUGGCAUGGUACCGUGGGUUGUGGUGUCUACUGCUCGGCCAAGGCUGCUUUGGUGCCUGUCUUUGAGGCGCUCCGUUCAGAGAUCAAGCAUCUCGGUAUCGAGGUGACGGUGAUCGAGCCUGGAUAUUUCCGCACCGAUCUGCUGGCUGCGGGGAAUAAAGUCGUGGCGAAGAAAGUCAUUGAUGAUCUGAAGCCUGCUAUGGAGCCGUUGAGAGAAGCGUUCAAGAACUACAAUCACAAUCAGCCCGGUAAUCCAGUUAAAGGGAGUGCAUUGAUUAUCGAGGCGCUAACGGGAACGGGAAGAUGUGAAGGGAAGAAGUUACCCCUUAGGCUGGGCUUGGGAAGUGAUUAUGUCAAGGGAGUUGAGGAAGUAAUGGAGAGGGAGAGGAACGAUCUUGCUGAGUGGAGAGAGUUGAGUCUGAGUACUGAUUUUUGAUAGUGCUGCGUUUUAUUAGUAGUUUGAAAUACG